AUGGAUAGAAGCAUCUGCAUUUUCCUCAUCCCUGUUUCUCUUCUUCUAGCACGCCUAGUACAGAACACUCACGCAGUCCAAUACGUGGUGACGAACACCGUGCCCAACACUCCUGGAGGCCGGUUGUUUGACCAAGAAAUUGGUGUUAAUUUCGCUUUAACAAUCAUGCCAGUUAUCAACGAAUUCAUUUAUAAAGUCUUUGAAGAAACUAGGUCUGAGCAGAGAACGUAUGUGCCUGUUGUGAAUUGGCACGGUAACUUUGGAGCCCCAGGAGGGCUGACGGAGGGGACUGCAGAUUAUGUCAUGGUCAAGUCGGGCAUCUACGAUCAGGCGACUUAUACUAAACCCGGUGCUGGCAAGAGGUGGGACGAAGGCUAUGGUACAGAAAAGUUUUUGGAGUAUUGUGACAGUUUGCUGAAAGAUUUCACUGCAAAACUAAACCUGAAGAUGCAAUACACAUACAGCAAUAAGUAUUGGGUGGAGUUGCUGGGGAAACCUGUGGAUCAGCUUUGGAGAGAGUACAAAGCCAAGUAUGGGAACCAACCUCAAGAAGCGUCUGUUGAUAUGUUUCAAGGUUUGAAGUACUGA